AUCCGCUCAACAAUGAGGGGAAUGUAGUCUGCUAAUUGGUGCCUGAUAAAAAAUAAAUAUUUCAAUGUGUUGUUCACAUUUUAGAGAAUGGAAUCAAUCACUUAUCAGAAUAUGUGUUUGUCUGUUUAUUUAUUUUUUUGACCCGACCCGCCCGAUCCGCGGAUAACCGCGAUACCCGCGGAUAUAACUGCAAUCCGCGCGUCGUUAAGUAUCGAAAGUAGGCUAUGUAAACCCAAGAAAGGAAACCAAUCAUUACUUAUAUGUGUAUAUCUAAUGCAAAAGAAGGUGAAUCAGCGAGCCAUUCUACAAAAGGACACUUAUUUAAGUCAGGCAGAUGAUUGGGCAGCUACCAGAUUUUGACAACACAGCGGGGUCCUUCAUUUAGCGCCAGUUUAGACUUUCUCCCUCGCUCGGUGUUGUUAGGUUGUAGACUACAAUGCAGGCUUAAAGCGGCGUUUUUAUUAAAUGCAAUCAAUGACUUGCACAUAACUACAUAUAGUGCUAAUAACUGCAAAAUAAACGUCAUAUUUAAAGAUUGGCCGUGGAUGUAAAAUCCGUCAAAGUUACAUUAGAGCGAGCAAAGAAGACAAAGCUUCACAGCAGAACCAGAGGUUACCAGUUCAUCUGAAAUCAGUGCCGUUAACAUCUCUAAAAUGGACAGUGAAGAUGAUCUGGACAUGCUGACAGCACUGCUGGCUGAGAAUGAGAGAAUGGUGGAAGAACAGGGCGGUCAGGAGCACGCAGACGACUUGGACGGCCUGUUUGAUGCUGAUGAUGACGAGGAGGAAGAGUACAAAGAGAGCGUGGAGGAGGAAGGGCAAGACCAGGAGACAGAAGACGGAUUGUCAGAGCUCUUUGGAGAUGUGGAUGACAUUGAAAAUGAAGAGAAAGCAACUAAAAGAAAAGAAAGCGGAGGAGAAGCCAGUGAGAUCCUGGACAGGUCUAAGGAGGAUUUACAAGAUGAGCUGAGGCGCAUGCAGGAGCAGAUGCAGCGGCUGCAGCAGCAGCUGGAGGCGAGCCAGAAGGUUUCCACGUCGUCUUCCUCUGCAGGGAACUCAGCUGCUCCCAAACCAGUCACCCCCAAACCCACCCGGACCAAACCAGCCUCGACCAAACCGGUCUCGAACAAACUGGCCUCUACCACACAGAAGCCCAAGACACAAGCAGCAGCAUCUUCAUCCACUCCGGUCAGAGGAGAAGCUGUGAAGCUCCAGGAGUCCUCCGACUUUUUUGAUCAGCUGAACAAUGCUGACUCCUUCAAACGCAAACCCAGGGUAGCUCACCAAGCCAAAGCCAGCACAUCACCAGAAGGUCGAGGUCCACUGGUGGAGAUAAAGAUGGGCAGCUCCUUCCAGCCAGUAGAAAGCACCAGCAAGGAUUUAAAUCCCCUGCGUUCCCCUGCAGCCUCUCAGAGCAGACCUGCAGCAGCUGCAUCAGCAGGAAAGUCCAAACCUUCUUCUCUUCCUCCGCUUCCUAAAGAUGUGGCUGUUGAGAAAUACUCAGGACUCCGGCUCAGAAAACCACGUGUUUCCUCCUGCGAGAUGGACCGCCGGAUGGCCGACCGGCGUCUGAUCCGUCUGUCUCAGGUGCCGGAGCGUUUGUCCCGGGAGAAGCUGGAGGACAGCGACUGGGUGACCUUCGCCGUGGUGGUCAACAAGGCCACACCACAGAGCAGCAGCAGUGGUAAAACCUUCAGCAUCUGGAAGCUGAACGACCUCCAUAACCUGGAAGUGUUUGUGUCUCUGCUCCUGUUCGGUGAGGUCCACAAAGAGCACUGGAAGACUGAGCCGGGUACCGUCAUCGGACUCCUCAACCCAAACCCCAUGAAGCAGAAGGAAGGAUAUGAUGGGGUGAGCCUGACGGUGGAUCACCCACAGAAGGUGCUGCUGAUGGGUGAAGCUCAGGACUACGGCAAUUGCAAGGCCAUGAAGAAGAACGGAGACCCCUGCUCUCAGCUCGUCAACCUGUUUGAGUGCCAGUACUGUCAGUAUCACGUCAAGGCUCAGUAUAAACAGAUGAGCUCCAAGAGGGCCGAGCUGCAGUCUGCCUUUUCAGGAAAAGCUCCCAACAAGGUGAAGGUGAAGGGAGGCAGCCUGAGAGAGCGUCUGUGUCAGGACGGCUUCUACUACGGCGGAGUGUCCUCACCCGCCUGCGCUGCCUCACUAGCGUCGUCCAAACCGAACAAACCCACCCAGAAGACUCUGGACAAGCUGUUUGUGAAAGGCUCUGCUCAGCUCGUCAAUCAGGCCAAGAAUCUGGCUAUCCAGUCUGGUGAAGUUUCAGGUUGUUCCAAUGAAUUUAAGAGCCUGAUGUCAGCGCCAACACCUGGAGCUCUGCAGCUGAAGAAGCACCUGGCACAGGGCACUGUUGCAGCCCCCAAAGAUGCAGCUGGAGCUCCAGUCCAGUCCAUCUCAGCCUCAGACCUGCUGAAGCAGCAGAAACAGAAGCAGCGAGAGUUUCUGCAGAACCGUCGACGCAGGGCUGAAGAAAUCCAGAAGAGGGUGCUGCAGAGCUCAGCUGGCCCCAGACCCGGGUCGUCAUCAUCCUCGCUAGCCCGGGAUGGUCUGAUGUCCCCGAAAGCAGCCUCCGAGGUCCCCAAGGCCACCCAAAGCCCCGCUACCCCCCAUGCCCCCACCCUGGGCCGAGGGUUCUCUGAAGGGGACGAUAUCCUCUUCUUUGAGAACAGCCCGCCACAGGCCCCGGCCCCCAGCGCUCUCAGCCUGUCAGCCGCCAAGAUGGCUGCUCUGAAAAAGCUGAGAGCCAAAGGGGCGGGGCUGGAAAAGGAAGACCCCAACGCUGUGAAGAGGAAGAGGAGUAAAGAAAGUGAGAUCAACGACAGAGUGCAGAAGAGUCUCGCCUCACCCAACGGUGAAUCACCCAAUAAUGAGGAUGAGGAACCAGCCCAGAAGAAAAAGCGAGACCAGCUCCUCUACAUCCAGUCAGAGGAGUUCCAAAAGAUCCUCAACGCCAAAUCUCGCCACGGGGCUGCACUACAGGCGGCUGAGUACCAACUGCAGGAGAGAUACUUUGAUGUUCUGGUGAAGAAGGAGCAGAUGGAGGACAAGAUGAGGGACAUCAGGGAGAUGAAGUGUCGAGCUGUAACCUGUAAAAAGUGUAGUUAUACGUACUUCAAGCCGGCGGAUCGUUGUGUGGAGGAGAAUCAUAACCUGCGGUGGCACGACGCUUUGAAACGUUUCUUCAAAUGUCCCUGUGGACAGAGAGCCAUCGCUCUGGACAGACUGCCAAACAAACACUGCAGUAACUGUGGUCUGUUUAAAUGGGAGCGGUCUGGGAUGCUGAAGGAGAAAAAGGGACCAAAGAUCGCCGGAGAGCUUCUCCAGCCUCGAGGAGAGGAGCAUGCCAAGUUCCUCAACAGCAUUAAGUGACAACACCACAGUUUUUAGUUUUUAGAUUUCUAAUUUAAGUCUAUUAGUGUCCUUCUUUACAUGAAUUUUGUAUGAAUUAAGUCUUUAAAGUUUUAUGAUGUUGUUGAUUAUGAAGAUUUUAAUGUCUGUGAUUAUGUUGGAUAUGGAAAUAAGCUGAUUAAAGCAGUAAUUUGCAACA